AUGGGGAACAAGAAGAUUGCAGCGCAACUGGAGAAGCUGAAGGGCGACGACUGGGACUCGGACAGCGACAAUGAGACGCCUGUCGCGUCUUCGUCCACUUUUGACAGCAAAAACGAUCUGGUAAAGCUCCCGGCGGACGCAGACGCCAGUGCCAGUGCGAAGGAGUCUGGCGGCAAGAAACGCAAGAGCAAGAUGCAGCGCAAGAAAGACGCGACGGCAGUGUCUCAGCAGAAGACGGAUGGGAAGGUGAAGGGCCAGUCGUCGAACGUUAUUUAUCUCGGCCGCAUCCCCCACGGCUUUUACGAGAAGCAGAUGAUGGGCUUCUUCAAGCAAUUCGGCAUUGUUCGCCGUAUACGACUGUCGCGCAACAAGCGCACGGGCAACUCGAAGCACUAUGCGUUCAUUCAGUUUGACGAGCCCGAGGUGGCGCAAAUUGUGGCCGACACGAUGAAUCAGUACCGACUCUUUGACCAUACGCUCUCGUGCCACAUCGUGCCGCCACAUGCCGUCCACGAACGCAUGUUUCUGGGUGCAAACACAGAGUUCAAACCGCAUCCUCGAACUGCAAUCAACCGCAAUCGCCACAAUGCGGAGAAAACGUACGAGCAGACGGUGGUCAACACGAAGCGUCUGGUGGCAAAGGAGCGCCAGAAACGCAAGGUGCUCAAGGCACUUGGCGUUGACUACGAGUUCCCUGGAUAUGAGGCGCAGAUUCCUGUCAAGAAGCAGCACAUUGUUUUCACAUAA